CCAGGAGCCUGUAUUCACUAUAUCUGGUCUUCCACAGACCCUGCAUUCACUAUAUCUGGUCUCCCCGGACCCUGCAUUCACUAUAUCUGGUCUCCCACAGUACACACAACAUCGAAAUGCAAUUAUUUUAGUAACUAUAAACUGCUAAAGACCUUUUCUCCUCAGCAGUUAGAGCAGUCUUGUGACUUCUAUCAGUGUCCCGCCAAGCACUAGCUAAAGCUUGUAGGAGGAGUUUUCUUUCUGCUCUAG